UGGAAGGCGGGGCGGUCGGGCCCCGGAAGGCGGCUGGAAGGAGCCGGACUCCGGGUCAUGGCGGUGCCGGGCGCGCUGCUGGUGAUGGGCGUGAGCGGCUCGGGGAAAUCGACCGUGGGCGCCCUGCUGGCAUCCGAGCUGGGAUGGAAAUUCUACGAUGCGGACGACUAUCACCCAGAGGAAAACCGAAUGAAGAUGGGAAAAGGGAUCCCGCUGAAGGACCAGGACAGGAUUCCAUGGCUCUGCAACUUACAUGACAUUUUACUAAGAGAUGUAGCCUCUGGACAGCAUGUGGUUCUAGCCUGUUCGGCUCUGAAGAAAGUGUACAGAGACAUCUUAAUACGAGGAAAAGAUUGUGCACCCCUGAAGUGUGAUGAGACGGGGAAGGACAAACAGCCAGCUGAGGUGAAGCUCCUUGUGGUCCAUCUGAGUGGGUCGUUUGAGGUCAUCUCUAGACGUUUACUUGAAAGAAAAGGACAUUUUAUGCCCCCUGAGUUAUUGCAGUCCCAGUUCGAUAUUUUGGAGCCCCCAUCGGCUCCAGAAAAUUUCAUCCAAAUCAGUGUAGACAAAAAUCUUUCAGAGAUAAUUGCUACAAUCACGGAAACUCUGAAAUGAGAAUGGUUUCAGAUCGGGGGUCCAGAACAAUCAAGCAGACAUCUCUAGCCCAUCCCAAACUAUGUUCUAGUGUCUUUGCCAAUACCGUAUUCUAAAUUCUUGGGGUGAACAAACCCUACUGUACUGAGCUAUACUUGUCUGGGUGUAUUUUUAGGAAUCUGUGCUCUGGCACCUGGGGAGGAGACAGGAGGGAACUUUGAAAGUAAAGCUUCACCAGAAAUCCAAA